AUGCGACAACGUGACAACCCGCUCGAGACUCCUCGUCCUUUCGCGUCUAAACAUGCGAACGUGUGGUGCAAGGACUUGGCGGCGGCGGCAACGGCGGUGUUCCGCAACAGGGCCACGGAAUCGCCGGCCCCGAGCUCUUCCUCGUCUUCCCACCACCACCGCCGGUCGAGCUCGACCUCCUCGGGCGUGAUGGGCGACGCAGGCAGUCGUUCACGCGGCGGCAGCGGCAGCGGCAGCGGCGGGAGGGCUCUUACGCCCCCCGCGUCCUCCUCCGGCAACCGCACGACCCAACCGACCCCUUCCCCUGAUUCAGACCGGCAGGCUUCCUCGACUGCGACGGCGGCGACGAUGGCGGACGACAGCGACUUGGCCCCGGCGGCGGCGGCGGCGGCGGCGGCGGGUUUGCCGGACGCCAUCGCGGUUGCCGUCGCCUCGACGUUUCCCACCGCAGGCGCCGGUGGCAGUGCGGGAGGGAGUUCAGCAGGGGGGGGCUGUCCUUUUUCCGGUCGCGACGGGGAGGCGUUUCCGAUGGACGCCUCGUCAUCGACGGUGCUGGCGGCGGCACAGACUUCGGCGGCGUAUACGACAAACUCCGUCGUUGCGGCGGCGGUCGUGGUAGGGAGAGACGGGGCGAAGUCGGGCGGCGAAGGCAGUAGCAGCAGCAGCAGCAGCAGCAGCCGCCGCGGCAGCGGCAGCGGCAGCGGCGGCGGUGGCGGUGGCGGUGGCGGAGGCGGCGGCUCAGCCGCACGGGGCGGCGGCGGGCCAUGGUCGUCGUCGUCGCCGAACGACUCGCGCGCGCUCGUGGUGCCCGUCGCGAAGAACUUUGCAAAGGGUAACGGCAACAACAACAGCAACCUGUUGUCGCCUCAGACUCCGCCGCCGUCGACCGGCCUGCGGUACGGAGCUAGCGGUGCUUCCGGUUUCGGCGCCGGCAUGGACGCCUACGGCCGCUACGCGACAGUGGAGUCGCACCCGCGCACGCACCGGCGCGCCGUUCACGCCGGGAGCACCCCGGGGAGAGUGCUGUCGUCGGGCUUAUCGACGGAGCCGAGCGGCGGCGAGAGAAAAGCUUUGGCAGGAGGAGGAGGGGGGCCGGGGCAGGAGCACGGGGGUGCGUGGUUUCAGUGGCUGCCGCCCGUAGCCGCGGCGGGUCCCGGUGGCUGCUGCGCCGGUGGUGCGUCGAACAGCCAGACCGACCGGUGGCGCCACUGCGGGAAGGACUACGGGGUGAGGACGCCGUCCCUAACCUCGGCGUUCUCAUCGGUGGCGAUACUGCUCCGGUUCAACGGCGAAGCGGGCUUCGACAAACACUUGGAGAUGGAGUAUGCUGCCGAGAACCUUUGGUUCUGGAAGCAUGGCAUGAAUUUCCGGUGUACUCAGUUCGAAGGGACGGCUCAAAGACGGGAGGAGGCCCGCAGAAUCUUCGAUACCUUCCUCGCCGUCGACUCCCCUGACCAGGUUAACAUUUCCCACGAGGACAGGGAGGACGUGCUGGCGGCGCUGGAGAACAGGCCCGGGGCUCAGGCGGUCGGCGCCGGGCUCUUCGACGAAGCCUUGAUUCAGGUGGCAACGGUUGGGUGGAGUAGACCUGCAGGCUCUGUUAACCCUUUUAUAUUUGUACAGGUGGAGAACAUGCUGAUUCUAGGACCAUUCCCUCGCUUCGUUUCGGUGACGGCCGAGACCGUCAAGACGAGCUGGCAGAAAGUCUUGGACAGAUUCGGCUUCCAAGACAUUGCAGACUUGUUCUACUCGGUGCUCUUCGAGGUGGAGCCCUCGGUCGAGAGCUUGUUCACGAGGUCCAAACGUUUCCACGGAGAGAUGCUCAUGCGCAUGGUGGACACGUCCGUGAGGCUUCUCAACAACCUCCAGGAGCUUGUACCCGACCUCCUUCAGCUCGGCCUUCGACACAACGCGUACAAGGUUCGAAAGGAGCAUUUUCCCGUCGUCGGGGAAGCCCUGAUAGCCACGCUGGGCCUCGUUCUCCAGAAUGAGUUCACCGACGAAGUCAAGCAGUCGUGGGCAGCCGUUUACAAAGUCUUGUCCAACAUCAUGAUGUCGGUGCUGGACCCUCCCCCAGAAGACGAGGCGACCAAGGGCGGCUUGGUCACCCCGGACGACUCCCUUUCCAACAGUUCCAGCUUGGACAGCACAAGCCUGAUGGGCAGCGAGGGCUCCCUUCCCCCUCCGGAGGGGACAGCAGCGGUAGAGUCAGAAACGUCGGCGAGAGCAUCAGAGGCGGCGGCGAAGGUAGCGGGAGGAAGCGGCGGCAAGUCCUCGACUGCCGCGAGACCAUCGCUCGAUAUCGUCGGUAGCACCAAGGACGAGGAGAAGCGGCGGGCCUUGAGGCCGGUAGGAUCCGGCAACGGCAGCGGCGGAAGCUUCCGGGGGAUGUACCGCAGGGGCACUUCGUCCUUCCGGAACCAGUUCUCCAAGCUGGUCCGCAAGGAGAGCAUCCUAUCGGUACCUCCCUCAGCCGCCUCACCCACGGAGCCCCCGAUGACAGGAGCAGCAACGUCGCCAACUGUAACAGCAUCGACGGCGGCGGGACUAUCCACCACCAGCACCUCGACCUCUUCCGACUCCGCAGCCGAGAAUUCCGCUAUUGGAGCGGCGACCUCGGCUACCAUGGGAGCGGCGGCGGCGGCGGCGGCGGCGGCGGCUUCUGCUGAUUCCGCUGCCGGUGGCCCUGACAUUGUCACCAAGGCGUGGGCGUGGGGUGAAGAUCACAGCAAGGCCGGUGAGCCGUGCCGGUAAACGGUCCCGCUGACGGCUUGGCGGAACGCCUCCUGCUUCGCUCUGGCGAUCGAUGUCGAAGCGAGUUCCUGGGGCUGGAUGAGAAUGCCAAGAUCAACGUGACUCUCGGGCCGAAACUGAACACCUCUGGGUGUGGGUGCGGUAGAUAGAUGUGGCCGUGUUCCACACGGUACUUCUGCGGUAGGCCGACAUGAUGUAGUGAUCGGCAAUUCGGCUCUUUUUGCGGAAUGUCUUGCGAGGGUCUGCCCGGAAGAUGGAUUGAACUCCUUCGCCUCCAUCGAGGGGAAUUCGAUGACGACGUAGAUUUCACUCUGGGCUGUGCCGCCCGUUUUCCCUUGUCUAUCCGCGUGUUGCUUGUGUUUGUGAGAGUUGGGGGCAUUUGAGGGGCCGGUGACUGCUGUUCGUCGCCGGUCAUCGGCGUUAUUGUCGUAGCGGAGGUACUGUAGUUUGGCGCUCUUCGCAGAACAUGGUCGUUUUUUUUGUAACCCCCCCCCGCCCCUCCCAUGCAUUUUGCUGUGCCCCGAAUCAUGGGAGAACGAAGCCUAUGGUGUGCUAUUUGUGGAUGAUUGCCUUCUUUUUUCCCGGCGCCCAUCGAAACGGGGGUAGUUGGUUUGUGGCUUGGAAAAAUGUUCGUGCGGGUGGAGGGGGGAGCGUUUGCUCGGCCGAGCCAAUCAGUACCCGCCGUGUCCUGCCCCCUCUCGUUUUUUGCUGACAAUUUAUUUCUGUGUAGCGGUGACAACAGGCUGUCUGGUAAAUAGGGUGUGUUGUAAAUUAACUGGCUGUGGAGACGGCGGCGGCGAUGCGGGCUUAGUCGUAAGUUUGUUCUUGGAUGAAUCAUCGGAAAACGAACGUUUGUGUGCACAUCCGUCACCCUCAGUAUGCGGCGCGUUCGUGAAUUUUUCGGUUGACAGGGGCGGGUGUAUCGAAGGAUCUGGAACACACGGCUUCGUCGUUUUUCUUUAUGGUUAAGAAAACGGGCGGCAAUGAUUCCGCUUACCUUUUCCGGUUUUUCCUAUGGGAAUAUUCGAACCAAAAUGUUUUUUGAUAAUCGUGCGCCGCGAGAGCGGAGUUUUUUCAGUGCGCAGGAGCCGUCCGUGUUUUGCCGGCGGCCACACCCGGUACCCUGAUAGUCGGGUGUAAUGGGUUGGUUGGGUGGGUGAGGGUGCGCAUGGCUGGUGAGCGCAGAGCCUUCCGACCAGACCGUGGGGCGUCUGAGGGUAGACCGCGUUUUCGUGUUAAUUGCACUUAUUUGGUCUUAGUGGUGUUUUGACGUGACCUGUAGUGGUAUCUUUUUUGUUCCUCCAAGGUGGCGAACCCCCCGGUGGCGACUGCUGCUGCUCCCCGACUUCGUUGAGGGGGGCGCGCGAUUAUUUUUGUUGUUGUUUGUUUUUCAUGGCAUGUAGUAUGACAGUAUUUGUUGAUUCGACCAAUCAGCUUCCGUCCGAGAGUCAUGCAGGCUUGUGUUGUUUUCUGCCCUAUCCUGCAUUGGAAUCAUCUGGAUUUGAUCAUUUUACCCUUGUUUUCUUGUGAUCGGUACCAACCGGGACUGAUGUUGGGGGAGUAUUUUGCUUUUUUUUUUUUGUGUGAACCAUAUUUUGGAGGUUGCCUUUGGACCUCCCAAGACUGGGUAGGGCGAGAGGCACGAAGUCGUAGAGGGGACUUGAGUAUGCAUAUCAUAGCGAAGGGUUUUUGGUUGUGUGAUGACAACGACUGCGCGCUAAUACGGUACACGUGGUUGUGUCAUCGUGGAUAGAUGGAACACAAGUUGAUUGGCGGCCUUCGGCAAAGCGGCGAGCUUCGUUGAACCCGCGUCACCCGGGAACAUGUUUGUGGCGGUCUUCAGCAAAGAUUGAAAUCCUAUAUAUCAUUAUGUAUAUGUGCGAACUUCAUUUGGCUCCGUUCCAGUGGUAGUGUCCUUAGGCGGAGUUUUGCCAACAAUCAAAGCCAGUAUAGUACACCGUGUAGGCGGUUCUUAGAGUAAACACCCUCUAUGGCUUAUCGAUAUAUCUGCCCUCCGCUGCCCAUUUCUUUCUUUGCUGUUGCAUUGGUAGGGGGGGGGGUUCCUGGUGAGAACUGUUUAGUGGUAGGAAAACGCGAACGAACGCAAUCGCGCCGGAAAUCUGAAUUUCUUCCAUCAGUCUUGGCUGGGCUGUCCCUUGUCUGUGUGUUUCAAAAGAAGUAGUGGUGGGAAAGGUAGUAGUCCUUCCCGCCAGAGAUGUCGCGGUCCAUGGCCAAUCGGCUGAGGCGCAACAAAUGCUGCGUGGUGCCGAAGAUGUCUAAUGUUCUAAUUGUUGGUGUUGUGUCUGCUGGUCCCGCACGGUUGACUGUAUGUGUGUAAAGUGCUUCCUUUUCUCCGUCGCAUCUGUCUCUUCACGAGCGGCGGGGGCAAGUUUCGAUUUUGGACAUGACCGUCCUGUUUCUGUUUUACAACUUGAAGUAAGAGUCUUCCUUUUUUUUUUUCCGCCUACUACCCGCAAACAAAAAUAGCGCCCUGCACGUACUUUGCAUACGCACUUGGACGCAAAACUCGAGCAGGCAUAGCAGCCCUUCUUUUUUUCAGUAGGUCUUCCUUUUUUCUUCCGCCUGUGACACGUGCAGUAUUUAUUUCAGGUGCUAGGCUCGUUUAGCUUAGAUUAUUCCGUGCAAAUGGGCCGCUAGGCGAGGUAGUUGGGG